AUGAUUGAAGAUUGUGGGAAAAGAGGAAAUACCAUGGCAGAAAGAAGGCAGCUGUUUGCAGAGAUGCGGGCUCAGGAUCUGGAUCGCAUUCGCUUGUCCACCUACCGAACAGCAUGCAAGCUUAGAUUUGUUCAGAAGAAAUGCAACUUGCACUUGGUGGACAUCUGGAAUGUGAUAGAAGCCUUGCGGGAAAACGCGCUGAACAACCUGGACCCCAACAUCGAACUGAACGUGGCUCGCCUGGAAGCUGUGAUUUCAACCAUCUUCUACCAGCUCAACAAACGGAUGCCCACGACCCAUCAGAUCAACGUGGAGCAAUCCAUCAGCUUACUGCUGAACUUCUUGCUAGCGGCCUUUGAUCCGGAAGGACAUGGUAAAAUUUCUGUUUUUGCUGUCAAAAUGGCCUUGGCAACUCUUUGUGGAGGAAAAAUCAUGGACAAAUUAAGAUAUAUUUUCUCAAUGAUUUCCGACUCCAGUGGAGUGAUGGUUUAUGGCAGAUAUGACAUGUUUCUGCGGGAGGUUCUCAAGCUGCCCACGGCUGUUUUCGAGGGGCCUUCGUUUGGUUAUACUGAGCAGUCAGCAAAAUCCUGUUUCUCACAACAGAAAAAAGUCACGUUAAACACUUUCUUGGAUACUCUCAUGUCUGAUCCCCCGCCACAGUGUCUAGUGUGGUUGCCACUUCUGCAUCGACUGGCAAAUGUUGAAAAUGUCUUCCACCCCGUGGAGUGUUCCUACUGCCACAGUGAGAGCAUGAUGGGGUUUCGCUACCGCUGCCAGCAGUGUCACAAUUACCAGCUCUGUCAGGACUGCUUCUGGAGGGGCCAUGCCAGCGGUUCCCACAGCAACCAGCACCAAAUGAAAGAGUACACGUCAUGGAAAUCACCUGCUAAGAAGCUAACUAAUGCACUUAGCAAGUCUUUAAGCUGUGCUUCCAGCCGUGAACCUUUGCACCCAAUGUUCCCUGACCAGCCUGAAAAACCUCUAAACCUGGCUCAUAUUGUGCCUCCCCGACCUGUAACCAGCAUGAAUGACACACUCUUCUCCCACUCCGUUCCCUCAGGAAGUCCCUUUGCCAACAGAAGGUUACUUGGGGGUAUAAAUGCAGCCAGUCCUGUGGCUGAUGAGCAUUCUCUUAUAAAGCUGUAUGUAAAUCAGCUUCACAACAACUCACGCUCUCCUUCCAAGAACACUGAAGUAGAGCAGAGCAAACUGCUGGCUAGGGCUGCUCCAGCUUUCUUGAAAGGCAAAGGGUUGCAGUACAGCCUCGAUGUUGCAGACAGGCUGGCUGAUGAACAUGUGCUCAUCGGGUUGUAUGUCAACAUGCUACAGAGCAACCCCGCAUGCGUGCUCGACAGCGCAAGUCGCCUGGACGAAGAACAUAAGCUGAUCGCCAGGUAUGCAGCAAGGCUGGCAGCAGAAACUUCUUCAUCACAGCAGAGUCAGCAGAGAGGGGCAUCAGAUAUCUCCUUCACCAUUGAUGCAAACAAGCAGCAAAGGCAGCUGAUUGCAGAGCUUGAAAACAAAAACCGAGAAAUCCUACAGGAGAUCCAGAGGCUGCGACUUGAACAUGAGCAAGCAUCUCAGCCCACACCAGAGAAGGCACAACAAAAUCCCACUCUCCUUGCAGAGCUUCGGCUCCUGAGACAGCGGAAGGAUGAGCUGGAACAGAGGAUGUCUGCUCUCCAGGAAAGCCGGAGGGAGCUUAUGGUUCAGUUAGAAGGUCUCAUGAAACUGCUGAAGACCCAAGGGGCAGGCUCCCCACGUUCCUCACCCAGCCACACUAUCAGUCGACCUAUUCCAAUGCCCAUCAGGUCUGCCUCUGCCUGCUCCACCCCAACACAUGCACCUCAGGACUCUCUGACCGGGGUGGGAGGAGAUGUGCAGGAAGCCUUUGCACAAAGUGCAAGACGAAACUUAAGAAAUGAUUUGCUGGUGGCAGCAGAUUCUAUCACCAACACCAUGUCUUCUUUGGUGAAAGAACUAAACUCUGAAGUGGGCAGCGAGACAGAAAGCAACGUGGAUUCUGAAUUUGGACGGACCCAUUUUGAUGACCUGGUUCCGUCCCCGACGUCUGAGAAGGCUUUCCUCGCGCAGAUCCAUGCCCGGAAGCCUGGUUACAUCCACAGCGCUGCUGCCACCGGCUCCAUGCGCAGUGACAUGGUUACAGAAGAUGGAGACCCCUAUGUCAGAGCAGAUGAUGAAAAUUAUGAGAAUGACUCUGUCCGCCAGCUGGAGAACGAACUGAAGAUGGAGGAGUACCUGAAGCAGAAGCUGCAGGAUGAGGCAUACCAGGGAAGCUGCAGCCAGACAGACAACGAAAGCUACGUAAGAACCGAUGAUGAGGAGAGCUGCUUUCGGACAGACGAUGAAGAAAACUCAGCUGCGAACUUCACAGAAGAGUGGAACCAAGAGGUGCAGCGUCUCUUGACAAAAAAAUCACAUAACUAAGUUCUGAGGACUGUAGCACAGUACUUUUGUUCUAAGAGUUGUAGUUUGUAGAUGUGUGUUUUUGACAACAAGACUUUUGUUUAAAGCUAACUUAUAUUAGCUACAUCUUCUGUAACAUGGCUCAUUACUGGUGAAGCAAACAGACUGACGUACGAGCUGCUGUCACAGAGGACAGUGGUGUUAAUAACUCACAUAAACCCUUUGCACAUGAUAUUGAACCUGUUCAGUUUACAAUGACAAUACUGUUUAUAGAUAGAAAUUUGAUUUCUGAAUACUUUGAGAUUUUAGUAGAUCGGUUUACUGUACACUGUACAUUUUUUCCACAGAGGAAAUAAAAAGUGACAAUUAUGCAUUUAACACUGAAUGAUCAUACUCCUGAGUGUAUAUAUUUAGUAGCCCAAAAAGCAAAGUACCAGACUAUAUUUGCAAUUUGUUUGCAAGUCUUUAAAUUAAGGCUUAUACAAAAUGUACUAAAAUAAUAAUAAUAUAAUUAAUUAUAAUAAUCAACUUCUCUAAUUUAGGGCUAAUGUGUAACUUAGGAAUGUUUCUUUCAAAAUAAUCUAACAAAUCAGCCAUAGAAGUUAGUGUAAAUAUUUUUUUUCCAAAUAGAUAUCAUAUACAAAAGGUGACAUUCAAAUGAUAUAGAAUCUAGUUUUUAAAUCAGCACAGAUCUUCUUAAAACUGUGAACUAUGUUUUGAAAUACUCGUUGCUAAAGCUGUUUAUAAACCACAGGUGCCAUAAGAUCCCUGAACUGACUGAUGUUACGUAUAAUCCUCCAUGGUAUUGUUUCAUUGACGUUUUAGCUUUAGUAAGCAUGUGUUCAACAAACCGGCUCUUUCCAUCUCUCUGC